GAGUGGCGGUUGCGGAGAACGAGCGUCCGCGCCCGCGUGUCUCCAGCCCGCUCCUCCCGAUGCAUUCGUGCCUGGAACUUCAGCCCGCGGCCAAUGUGACUUUCCGCGGGUGCGUGUCGCCGCAGGCAGCGGCCGGGCCGGCCGCCGCCGCGGCGCUUUACGGUAAACAGGAACAGCCCUGUUGGCGCAGCAAGAUGGCAGAACACCAUCACCACGCAAGGUUGGCCCUCGGUUCGCCACCGGCCAAUGUUUACCCGAAGGCAGCGCUAGUUUGGCCUCCGUCCGAUGGUAACGGCGGCGUCGCGAGUACAGGUGGGGGAGGAGGCGGCGGAGGCAAGGGCGCACCGGGUUCCCCAUCGGGCCUCGUCCACUGGAUGUCGGCCAUGGCGGAACACCAUGACGUUCAUUACAUGUGGAACGGCAUCGAAACUAAAAUGAACGCGUCUGAGCACCAUGGAACACAGCCUCUACAAAAGGAACCUUCUUUAUCCAACUACCACAAGGGAAUUUUGGGAUCCAUCUGCAAAGACAAGGGACCUGGGAGCCCCCUGCCGGACACGAGGCACAACUUUCGGUGGCCGCCCACUUGCAAUCCGAACAGCUUGGAGGAAGGGCGGCCCCCGCUAGAGUCCCCGUCACCGCAGAUGCAUGGCGGGGGCAACGGGGGCCUGUAUGCAUCUUCGGGUGGCCCUGCCCGACCAGGGAGCGGCGGUGGCGCCUCUACCGGAGCCCACAGCCCUCCUCAGGGAUCCAUGUUGGUCGUACCCCAACCCCUCAAGGGUCCACCAACAUCCACUCCGGGUGCGGUACCACCUGCCAAUGGUACCCCAGGUCGGAAGUAUCAGUGUAAAAUGUGCCCGCAGAUCUUUGGCGCCAAGGCAGACUUGCAGCUCCACACACAGAGCCACAUGCGGGAGGCAAAGCCGUACAAGUGCUCCCAGUGUUGCAAGGCAUUCGCCAAUGCCUCCUACCUGUCGCAGCACUCUCGCAUCCACCUGGGCAUCAAGCCGUACCGCUGCGAAAUCUGCCAGCGCAAGUUCACGCAACUGUCCCACCUGCAACAGCACAUCCGCACGCACACGGGCGACAAGCCGUACAAGUGCCGCCACCCCGGCUGCAACAAGGCUUUCUCGCAGUUGUCCAACCUCCAGUCGCACUCCCGCUGCCACCAGACUGACAAGCCCUUCAAGUGCAACAGCUGCUACAAGUGCUUCGUCGAUGAGGCCGGUCUGCUGGAACACAUCCCGCGCCACCGCGACUCCAAGCACCUCAAGACCCACAUCUGCCAGUUCUGCGGCAAGAGCUACACGCAGGAGACCUACCUGGCCAAGCACAUGCAGAAACACGCCGACCGCACGUCUGACCCCGCCAAGCGGGCGGCCCUCCAGCAGCAGCAGGCGGUCCAGGCGGAGCAGCAGGCGUACUGGAACAAGCACGAGGGGCUCUGCAACGACGUGGCAGACUGUCUCCAGGGAGGAGGAGGAGGUGGCGCGGGUUGCGACUCGAGGUUGCAACACCUGAUUCGGACGGGGGAGCGGAGGUCGUCGGACGACCCGUACGCGGACUCCACUCCGGCGGGUGUCAAUGCUGCGACGGCCAAGAUGACGUCGGCCUUCACGCCGAUUCAGGGGGCGUGCGGGCCCCUUGCGGGCGCCGCGUCUCGUCCGUACUUCCCCUACGAGCCCUUCCAGGCCAAGCAGCCCGGCGACACCGCAGCAAAGGGUGUGUCUUUUCCCAACCAGCUCAUUUCACUGCACCAAAUAAGGAACUUUGCCUCCAUGCCCAGCCUCGCGCAGCACCAACAACAACAGCAGGCUGCGGAACAGCAGCAGCAGCAGCAUCACCUCAGUAAAGACAACAACAAAGUGGUGCAGCAGUAGUAGUUGGGCGGACGCGACGCCACCUUUUAUGUGAGGAACAGAAAUUUGGUCGCUCUCUAGUCUCGGAGAGUGCAGUGUCUCAGAAUGUGCGGCUCGUGAGGGUAUCGACGAGAUUCGUCGGACAGGGUCAAACCCUCUUUCUUCACCGUGUGUGUUUUGCGGUCUGUGGAGCAGAGCGUGAGCAUAGCUAACUAAAGGGGUAGCAGCUCCUACGGUCUUUUGCGCACGUGCCGGCGAGACGUUGAGUGGCUACGGGACCACCUGCGGAAGCACCAAUGCAAGGCGUUGUGUUGGAACUGCUUUUCUUUCUCAAGUGUGUUUGGCUUCAACGAUGCAAGUUCUACAACUUGUUUACAGCUACUUAACAAGGAGACUGUAUGUAGAUGUGGAACAGACAGGGUCACACUCAUGAUUGAUUGAUUGAUUGAUUUGUGCGAGGGAUUGUUUUUGCGAUGGGCUUCCCAUUUCUUCCUCUUCUUCCUAACUUCUCCACCAUUUUUCUGCGGUACAUUCAGUCCGGAACUAGGCUCUCGUUGAGCUUCGGAAUUUUGGGCAUUAUCCCUCAUUCUGGUUGACCCUCCCUCUUCGUUAUUGGACUCUUUCGUUUCAAGAUUAUACGUAGGAAGGUGCAUUAUAUCCAAAGGGUUCUCGGUAGUGAAAUUUGAAGCAUACGUUGAUUGGUGUCAUCUUUCUGGCAUGCCUGAUCUUUUCGACCGUCGACACAUUCCAGCAUUUCUUUUGAAGUCGCCUUUGGAUGCUCAAAAUUUAAGAUAUGUGCGUGGACAUUGGCAGGAUUUAUUGUUUAAUGCUGCGCCUGUAGUAAGGUGGAUACCGAGGCUGUGAGUGAAACUAGAAAUUUUGUUUUAAAAAAAUUUGUCACUGCAUACAAUGUAAUUUGUGUAGUACACACCUCAAGCUAGGCUUAUGAAUGUCCCACUUCAGUCUGACGUCGCUAUGCUUCCGACGUUAGAGAUAGCAUUGUGUGUUGCAUUUGACCACGAUAAAACAGAGAACUGCAUAGACGACAAACAUGCGACUUACAAGCAUGCGUGAGACAUGUAGCUAGCAUGUAACACACGGUUGGACAUCAUACUAAAAUGAACUCAAUAGCGCUUCGUGCUCAUUUAAAAUAAUUGCGGAGAAGAAAACAAUAAUUGGAUUAAAAUUGUUCCUAUUUUGACCAAAAUGAAGCAGUUCUGAAGGAGCUAUAGAAAGAUGGCUCUUUACAAAAUGCGAGGGUUUAACAAAUGUCCUCCUCACAGUCCCUUGAACAGGUUCUAGUAACCGUGCCAAUAUCCUUUCUUACGUGUUCCUUCACCAUCAUUCUUUAUUCUUUCACUACUCCUCAUUAUUCUGCAUUAUUCUUUUCACCACUACCCCAGUGACAUAACACCUUCACCACCGCUGACAUUUAUUCACGUGUGGACUUUGGUGUACUCACUUUCUGUGGAACUUUCUGUACUUUAUGAGGCAUAUGAGUCAUCUUUACUCCUCAGUUAUUUAUCUCUGAAAAGAAAGUGCAUGUGUAAUGAGCAAACAAUCUGAUGAAACAGAUUCACAAGUGGAUCCAAAAAAGGUUAUGAAAGAAGAAGAAAGAAACAAAAUUCUUGCACACAUUCUAAAUUCCUUGUGCGUACACCGCUAAAUACAGGCGCAUGUACUUUUAGGAGCAGCACAAAACAAAGGCUGCAAACUUGUGUGUGCAUCAUAUGAAUGCGUCUUAAUAGCGACCUAAGGUAUUUAAUAAUUUCUAGUUAAGGAAAGGCAUUACUGUGAACAUUUUAAAGGGAUGUUAACAUGUGAAUGUUAACAGAUAUUAUAACAUUAUAUAACAGAUAUAAGAUAUAACAUUAAACGAUAUCGCAAACAGAAACAAUGAAACUAUCUGAGCUUGGGAAUGUGCAUGCAACAAGGUGUGGUUGGUCGGCUAAUACUUGUCCUCCUAUGUAAUCACGUUUUGCACUGUGCCUUAGUGGGACUGCAGUGGAAAAUUGAUGGAAGAAUAGGAUUGACUUUUUUUUUUUUAAUAUCAAAAUUAUGUCACUACCUUCACUCUAGUGAACUGAAUCAUGAAGGGAAAUCUAUCGUCCAGGUCUUGCACUUUGUAAGCACGCGGUAAGUGCGAACAUUGUCUGCAAGCUUCAAAUUUCAGAUUUAUUCGACAAAAACAAUAUGAUACAAGAGGUUACAAUAUACGUAUAGGGGUCUCGCAAGCUUGGAUCCAAAUAUUAAAAAUAUAGAGCAAGCUCUGCUCCUUUUUACCGUGACAGGUCGUGAUCAGCAACCUUUUAAUCGGGAUGUAGUGAAGUCUAAAAGACUGCACUGAAAAGUACUGCACUUAAUGCCUUAGCAACAGGGUUUAUCAUUCACUUCCAAUGGUUCAUUUUGAGGCAAGAAAUCCGUAAUGGCAUCAAUGGUAUGUGCCAGCACUGGUGUGACAAAAGUGUGUUCAGCAUCUCAAAAGCCAUUCGAGAGGCUGAACUGAUCACGAGAGCACGAUCGAUAACACGCACAACUUCACGAACUUUUACGAUGACGUUCUUCCAGAGCUUCCCUCGAUCCUUACUGUAGACAGGAGUCGUUUAAUGAGCUUCCGAAGCUCUUUUCCUUCCACGCUAAAUUGAGGGUACCCUCACAUGCCAAUUUGUGCCAGCGCUACAAAAUGAGCAGCCAUAACAUAAACGUGCACGCUCCAGACACCCGUUUCACGGCCGUGUCCUUGCAAGACAAGGGGGUGGUCCACUUAUUUGACGUCGAAGCUCUGUGUUCCGUCCACAGCACCCCACCUUAGCAACACGUGCGUAGCCCGGUGUCAAACACUCGGGGCUUCCACUUUGUUUGCCUGUAUAACGAGACUCAUCGUGUGACUGUCCUCACUCUCCUUGUGCAAGGCAUCUAAUGCCACCUCCUGUUAACCUAUCCUUCAGUGUGUUAGUCAUAGCAUUACGUUUUGUAUGAAGUGUCGUCGAAGGUGUCUGAAACUGGUAUACUUGAAACGGGGACUCAGGGGGGGCUCGAGUUGGCAUCGAAGGCCUACCGCUGCGCAGAAUGGUACCGUCAUUUCUCCUAAUUUGUGGAGAGUACCGGGCGUACGGCUUCUGGUGACAAUUAACGUAAAUCGUAUAAAUGUCACAAAGAGACGUACACCUCCCAUUCUCAACAAACCACAGGGAGAGAACGAUGUCAUUCGGGGACGACGGGAGCGCGUUACGCGAAAAGUGCAGCUUGGUUUUAUUUGUGGCCAAUUUUGGCGAUAUUUUUUGCCUUUUUAGUAGUAGGUAUUUUGGAAGGGUAUUGGGGAGGGGGAGAGAGGUGCUGGGAAAAUCCCGGUACUGGGUUACUUAGGCACUAAAUUUGAGGUGUACAUCAUGUUACUACAACAAGCGUAAUAUGGACGCCGGGUUCAGGCACGUUCGUGGCAGUCGACUUUUCCGUUUUCAUGCAACUGUCGGCUCUUCAAGAGAGGUCACUCUACCUUUUAUAAUAGAUAUCUGUACAUAAAAUUUAUGUGUGUCUCCCCCCCCUCAUUCUGCACAAAGCUCUCUGAAAAAGGCGUGCACGGUACAAGCGGGUCUCUUGGGAAACGGUUUCAGUUCUCGUGCACGGCACGAACCGUACCAGUGUUGUCUUCCUUCUUCGUCCCUACCUCCUCCGAUGGUUUGUUCACUUCUGACGUUCAGUUUGUUGACAGGCUGUAGUUGGAUUCGGGAUAUCUCUGGAGGUAUUUUUUUUUUCCUCCAGGUUCCCGGUUCCCCUGGAGUCCCAUUCUCUUCCCCGUGCAAUGUCUGUUGGUUGUUCUUCUUCGUUAUGGUCCGUACAUGUGCAAUGAAGCAUUAUGUGUUCGUUUGUCCGUUUAAAUGCUGAUCAUCCAUCACACUGUGGCACUUAUUGGCAGGUGACCACGUGACGUGUCUCGGCGAGAAAGAAAGUCUGGAUAGUUUACUGCUGUUGUGUAGACCCGUAUUUGUUGCAUUCAUUAUGUGAUGUCGACUCCCAGUUGUCAAGCGGUCAUCCACACCGAAUGAGGAAUGCGAGCUCACGAUUGGUCCAAUAUUUCGUCACUCCCCAUCGUAGCCUCAUCCAAUGGGCAAUUCUUUUUUUUUUUUUUUGUGACUCUUCGUUGCUCUUCCACCUGCUGUCACAUGCAGGAAAGAGCGACGAGGCGCUUGUGUAAAUAUGCGGCGUGCUGAUCAUGGCCAUGUUAAUCACGUUUCCGUUCUGUCACAAACGUGAUUGCGAAUGAUUUUCUCGGCUAUUACGGAUUGCUAAGUCAUACACCAUCGUCGUCGCGGAUGUCUCACGUAUGGUCAUUCAUGAGAAUGAUUGUGACCUUAUUAUUAUUUUUUUUUUUUUUCUGAAACGCGUUUAUUUUGUUGUGACAAAUAAAGGUCUCCAACAUGUA